UGGAUUGUCCAGGUCAAGAGUAGGUCUGAGGUCCUGGAAGACCACAAGGUAAUGGUAUGUCAAGUGCUGAAGGCUGGUUCUUCAGCAUGGAACUACCUCCUGGCUCACCGCUACAACAUGACACAUCUACUCAAAAACAGACUUUUUUACCAGGUCCUGAACGCCCUCAAUCCCAGUCUCAAGCGCUUCCGGGAGGUGGCCAGGUCGAGUGACUUCGUGAGGUUUCUAGUGGUCCGGGACCCACUGGAACGCCUGCUGUCAGCGUACCGAGACCGAAUCCUGGACACGACCCACGUCAGCUGGCAGGCCCACCACUUUGUGCCUCUCAUCCUGGGCAGGACCAGAGGACGCAGUUACUCACGCAACGAACUGUACAACACAGACGGCAGCGUCAAGGUGGUACCCUCCUUCAGCGAGUUCCUCAGCUUCAUCGUGGACGAAGAACCGCAAGACUUCGACCCUCACUGGAUGCCCAUCUACCAGGCUUGUGGUCUCUGCCACGUCAGCUACACUGCUGUGGUCCACACAGAGACCUUCCUUGAAGACAUCCAGUACAUCAUGAGGGUCAGUGGUCUGGACACCAAGGUCAACUCCAGCCUGCUAAUGGAGAACAGGAACAAGGGUCAUGGGGGGGACACUCACGACCUCCUGUUGACAAACUACCAGACCAUCGACCCCUCCCUCUACUUCAGAGUCGUCCGCAAGUACAAGCACGACUUCGGCCUCUUCGGCUACGACCCCGGCCGCUUGUUCCAGCAGCUCUGGCCCAAUUCCACCAUUAAGUGGAAAUUGUUAAAAGGACUCUCCCACGCUGAUUCAUAACAUCAGAUAUAUAUA